GGGGCGGGCACCGUGUCCCAGGAGGACAGAGUUUGCAUUGAUGAAAACCCUUCCCAGCUCUUUGAAGCCUCUUUCCCGCUGCCUGAGCCCAGCCGCCUAGUCCUCUGUGUCCCAUAAGACUGCUCACUCUCUGCCAGGAUGGCAUCUUGUCUGGCCCUGCGCGUGGCGCUGCUGCUCGUCUCUGGGGUCCUGGCCCCUGCGGUGCUCACAGCAGAGGGUCCCCAGGAACCGGAUCCCACCCUGUGGAACGAGCCUAUUGAAUUGCCCUCCGGUGAAGGUCCCCUGGAGAGCACAAGCCACAACCAGGAAUUUGCUGUCUCUGGUCCUCCGUUCCCCACCUCUGCUCCAGCAUCAGAGGACAGCACCCCUCCGGCCAGGGUGGACCAGGACGGAGGAUCGCUUGGGCCAGGCGCCAUUGCAGCCAUCGUGAUCGCCGCCCUGUUGGCCACCUGCGUGGUGCUGGCACUCGUGGUCGUCGCGCUAAGGAAGUUUUCCGCUUCUUAAAGCCAAUAAAGGAGCUGCGCAGGCCCGCCCGCGGCGACUCUGCA